GUAUAAAUGAGGAACAUCAUGUCGGAACGAAGUUGUUGAAGCUGUCACCUGUCUUAGCAACGCCUGCCUGUAUCUCUACCUCUUCAAUUAAUGUCUCCAUUCUUUUGUACUUUCAUAUAUCCAUAUUAGCUCUCUGUCUGUCUGUAGCUAAACUUCCGCCUGAUUGCCUAUUCUUCUAUAAUCGUUUCACAUCACUCUCUCUCAAAUGGUAGCAUUUUUGUCUAUUCCCAGACGUCUAUACCUUGUCGUUUACAACUGGUCCGUUUUUGUCGGAUGGUGUCAAGUUUUGUACUUUGCUGUAAAGACCUUGAAGGACGCUGGCCAUGAACAUGUCUACAAUGCCGUCGAAAAGCCUCUCCAGCUCGCCCAAACAGCUGCCGUUUUAGAGAUACUUCAUGGGCUAGUAGGCUUGGUGAGAUCUCCAAUUACUGCAACAUUGCCACAAAUAGGUUCAAGACUGUAUGUGACAUUGGGCAUAUUAUGGAGUUUUCCUCAGACUCAGACUCACAUACUAGUUAGUACACUGGUCAUCAGCUGGUCCAUAACUGAGAUUGUACGGUAUUCUUUCUUUGGCUUGAAGGAGGCAAUUGGUUUUACACCUUCAUGGCUCUUGUGGUUGAGGUAUAGUACAUUUCUGUUGUUAUAUCCAACUGGCAUCACCAGCGAAGUUGGUUUAAUUUAUAUUGCCCUUCCAUACAUAAAGGGAUCUGAAUUGUAUUGUAUAAGAAUGCCCAACAAGCGGAAUUUUUCAUAUGACUACUUCUAUAAUGCACUUCUUGUCCUCGGACUCUAUGUCCCAGGGAGUCCUCAUUUGUAUACCUACAUGCUUGCACAAAGGAAGAAAGCUCUUUCCAAAUCGAAAAUAAUAAGGUGAAGUGGAGGAUCAGUCACCCAAUUGAAUAAAUGGAGUUACAUCAGUCAACAGUUGUAUAGCUCCUACUGUUACUCAAUUCAAGCAUAAAGGGUGAAUGCGGAAGUGGAGUUUCAAAUUUAGCUUGCAUUUUUUAAUACUAAAUUUAAUAGUAGAUGUUCA